AUGUCUUCCAUCGUCAACAAAGUCAAAGAGGUUCUUCAUUCCGACAAGGACAAAACCACACGCCAUGAGGGAACUCACUCCUCAACACAUCCCACCACCACUGGCACUCACACCACCAGCGCCGCUGAGCCUCGCAUCCAUGAUACCACCACCACCGGCCCGGUAGGCGGCACCACUGGAACUCACGACACCUCCUUCGCCGGCUCAGACAACUACACUUAUGGUUCCGGAGCCAACCGUGGCGCCUCCGGCCCGGCCUCCAAGACUGAUGGUCCUCACAACUCCAAUCUCCUCAACAAGGCCGAUCCUCGUGUCGACUCGGACCGCGACCACAGCAAGAACUUGGGCAUGAACCCACAGGGCACUGCUACAACUGGCACCACCGCCGGAACUGGUAUCGGUGGCACUCAGCAUCACAGUGGUGUCGCUGGCACUACUGCUCUUGGUGGUGAACGUACUACUGGCCCGGCUACGCGUACAGAUGGCCCUCAUCAGUCCAACUUGGCGAACAAGGCUGAUCCCCGUGUCGACUCUGACCGUGAUCACAGCCGCAACUUGGGCAUGAACCCUCAUGGCACUGCUACUACCGGCACCACUGGUGGUCUUGGCUCUGCAGGUACUACUGGCGCCGCCAUCGGUACCACGGGCUUGAACCGUGGCUCUGAUGGCCCUGCCACACGCACUGAUGGUCCUCACGAGUCCAACUUGGCGAAUAAGGCCGACCCCCGUGUUGACUCUGACCGAGACCACAGCCGUAACCUGGGAGCCAACCCUCAUGGGACUGCUACUACUGGCACCACUGGCACCACCGGCUCUCACGGAACCCACACCGGUGCUCACGGCACUCACGCUGGCAUCGCUGGUACCACUGGCACUGGUGACAAUGCUGCUUUCUUCUCCAGUGGCACAAGUGGUGCUACUGGCAUCAACCGUGGCACCGACGGCCCAGCUACUCGCACUGAUGGCCCCCACGAGUCCAACUUGGCGAAUAAGGCCGACCCCCGUGUUGACUCUGACCGAGACCACAGCCGUAACCUGGGAGCCAACCCUCAUGGGACUGCUACUACUGGCACCACGGGCACCACUGGCUCGUACGGAACCCACACCGGUACUCACGGCACUCACGCUGGCACUACUGGGACGCACGUUGGCACCGCUGGAACCACCACCGGCACUCAUGGCACUCAUGGCACUCACGGCACUCACGGCACUCACGCUGGCACUACUGGGACGCACGUUGGCACCGCUGGAACCAUCACCGGCACUCACGGCACUCACGCUGGCACCGCCGGCGCCGGGCCAGGACCGGCCCCGAACACUGCCGGUCCUCACAAGUCCGACUUGCUGAACAAAGCUGAUCCUCGUGUCGACAGCGAUCUUGACGGCAGCAAGACCUUCGGCGGCAACAAGACGAGCGAGUCUAUGGGCCACAAGGAUCCUACAGACGCAGCGCAGGUUCCCCCUUCAGUAUUGCAGAAGCACAUUGGUGCUCCGACUGUGGAACAUGAUCAUGCGAAGCACGAUCAUACCAAGAGACACAGCGUUUCACACCAGGAACAACAUCGUGGUUUGUAA